AUGUGCUUCCCAACCGAUAGUCGAAGUUCUACCAAGAAAGAUGCUGCCAAAACUGGAACUUGUCCGACGUCAUCAUCAUCAGCAACAGCAGCUGCAUCAUCAUCAUCAUCGUCCACUCACGCCAGUGUCAGAACAACUCAAACUCGACAACAGCAACGUCAAACUUCCGGGCCUACGUUUACUGCUUCCAACACUUUGAUAGUCAAGCGAUCCAGAUGGACCCACGAUCCGUCUUCAAUUCUCGAAAGUGCACAAAAGAACGAUCAGAUUACCAGUCUACAUUUCAUUGGUUUGCAAUUUUCAGAGGCUUCUAUUCUUCGUUUGAUUCAACUUUUGGAAUCUCCACGCAAUAGUGAAAAUGACAACAACGACACGUGCUCUUCUGGAUGGAACUGCAUUUUCUUUUCCAAUUGCCGCUUUCCCAAUCCAUCCAUUGGCCGCAGUAGUCCAGUCACUACUACUACUGCUACUACUACUACCAAUUCUAAUAAUAGUAGCAGUAAUCGGUGGCGGCGUUCCAACUACCAGCUUCCAUCCAAGUCGACACCCUGUCAGCAAUUGGCCCGGGUUCUUGCCCAAACUCAAAUGGAAAAGCUAAUCAUUCACGAGAGUGUUCAUUUGACGUCUGCCUUGUUGAUGGUAGUGGAGGAUAGUGGCAUGACGUUGAAGAAUACCAAAGGUUUGACCAUCCAACAACGGCAUGGUUUGACCAAUGCUCAAUGUCAAGCAUUGGGAAAACUGGUGGCAUGUAGCAAAGGACUAAAGGAGUUGUCACUGCGAGGAACUCCCAUUCCCUCGGGUGCCUUGUUGGCUCCCGGAUUGGCCAUUUCGUAUCAUUUGGAAACCUUGAUACUCGGUGAUUCCUAUCUUUCGAAACAAAGUUUGAACGAUUUGGUAUUGGCGGCGCCCGACCGAAAAGCCAUCCAGUAUGGCCUUGUCAACAACAGCCUGGCGACGUCGAUUCAAGCCACCAAACGACUGCUGAAUACUCCUCGGAGCAAUCUUUCGGCCUUGGAUUUGUCGAAUUUGCACUUGAACGACAAUCAUGUGGAAAUUUUGGCUCCCCUCUUGACAGAUCCCAACUCCAAAUUGCAACAGCUGAACUUGUCCUUCAAUCGAAUUGGUGAUCGUGGUCUUGCCAUCUUUUGUCAACAUCUGCCAAAGAUGCACAAAUUGUCCAAGGUCUCGCUCAAUCCAAAUCCAUGGAAAGACGGCAAGAUGUUGUGCGAUGCCAUGAAACAGAAUACAAGUAUCGAGUAUCUAGAUUCCUUGCUCUUUCUGCCCGAAGCCAAAAUGCUACGGUAUUACACCACCAUUAACCGGGGAGGCCGGCGUCUAAUGCAAGAACAACGGAAGACUGGAGGGGAAGGUCUCCCUUUGGGUCUCUGGGCGAACUUGUUGGAACGAGCUGGGAAAGUUCAAUACUUUGUUCAAGACCAAGAACAGGCCAAGGCCAACUCUAUUUAUUAUCUCUUAUCAAAUGGACCCGUCUUCUUUGACCAGCCAUGA